GUAAAAGUCUGUUUUGUGUCCCUGUGUGUCCCGUUUAUUGAAAUAACAGAAAAAAAAAGAAACCGUAAAGGAAAACGCACUGUAAACAUAAGCUAUCUUGUUACGGAUCCCUUGGUGCUAUUGAAGGAACAGCAUGGAGUCUAAGUUUUGGCAGCAUGAUAGCAGUUCUUCUUCUAACGAUGAUGACGGAGUAGAUGAGAAUAAGUUUAUAGAUAGUGAAUCCGAUGAUGAAACGUCUAAAAAACCAAUGGCUACCACUGGAAGAUGGGCCAAUAUGGAAGAUAGUAGUAGUGAUGACGAAGAAAAACGUGUUGUCCGAUCUACUAAAGACAAGAGAUGGGAUCAGUUACGACAAACCAUCAAGGCUAUGAAAAAUUAUAAGACAAUUGAAGACUUUGGAGAAUUACAAUCAGGUUUCGAGUCAUUACUUCGAUACAUUCGAAAGUCCAAGACGAUUGUAGAUAAGGAAGGCGUUCCUCCAUUUUUUAUUCGAGCUAUAGCUGAACUUGAGUCUUAUGUAACAGACAGGUUUCUUGAUAAAGAGGGGUUAAAGAAAAUGUCAAAAGGAAAAAGUAUUAGUUUUAAUAUUUUACGUUCUAAAAUUCGAAAAGGCAUGGAAAUAUAUCGACCAUUAGUGGAUGAAUAUCAUAAAAAUGCUAGUAAUUUUGAAGAUGACGAUGAUGAUGAUACGCUAGCGAGUCAAGAUAGUUCUAGUAGUGAGGAAGAGGACAGUGUCAAUUUAAGCGACACAAGUGGUAGCCAUAGUAGUGAAUUCGCAGAUGACAGCGAUGACGAAGACUUUGAUUCCAAUGACUCUCAAGAUUAUGAGAAGAAAGAUGGAGAUAUAAAGAGGGUUAAAUUUAAAAAGGGAGUGUCUCGCUCGAAUGAUGAUGAAGAAUGGGAGGCAUCUGAUUAUGAGAACGAAGUGAUGGAUAACUCCGAUGAUGAUGCUCAACAACGUGUAUUAAAGAUGUGGGGGAAAAAGGAAGCUUCAGAAGAAAAAUCAAAAAUUAAAAAGAUUAAAAAAAAAACAACGCGAAGUAAUGUAGUAACCAAAGUUCAUCAGGAAACACAGUCACAACAAACAACUUAUGGUCGUGGUAAAUCAACACCUAUUUUAGUUCCAGGCGAACGUGUUGAUGCUGAAUUAUUAAGCAAAAAAUUAAAAGAAGUUAUAUCUUUACGUGGACGUAAAGGGUUUGAUCGCUCUGAGCAAAUACGACAUUUAAAUGAAUUGUCUGCUGCGGCAAAACAAAUUUCCUCUCAAUGUUAUAUGGAAAUAUUAGGUCAUCUUAUAAGCGCUCAUUGUGAUUUACUUUUAGGCAGCUUUCUUAGUACCCCUUGUACCCAAUGGUCUUUAGCAUUUGAAGAAAUUCAUAAUGCUUUAAAUCUUUUAAGAAAAGAUUCUGAUUGUUAUUUUUCUUUUCUACUAGCCGACGAUGAUCUUUACGCUCCAGCAGAAGAUAAUUUAAAUGAUUUAGAAACACAAACUUUACAACCAUCUAUGUUUUCCUCCACAAACGGGCUAAAGCAUCAGUCGAAUCCAACAUCAUCAGCAGUUUCAAAGGAAGCUAAAGCAAGACUCGACACUUCUAUUACAUUAACACGAUUUUUGGAGAGAAUAGAUGACGAAUUAAUGAAGUUCCUUCAAUUGACAGAUAUCCAUUCAGAUGAUUAUAAAUUAGGAUUACAUCACACUGUUGAUAUGGUUUUCAUUUUAUGGAAAGCCUAUAUGUACUUUUUACGAAAGGAUCAUGAAGAAUGCUGUUGUCAUAUCGCUUUAAGGAUUUUAGAGCACAUCUACUAUAGAAGUGAUACAAUAGCAAGUAAAAUGUGGGAAAUCAUUCAAAAAAAAUUGGACCCGGAGGAUAUUUCUUUAUUAAAAGAUGCAGUGGAAUGUCCCUCAUCGAUUGUGACCCUUUUAGUCAAGCAGAACCUAAAAAAAUCAACCUGCCGCAAUAUCAAUGUUCGAUUUUUACUUUAUGUUGCUUAUUCACAUAGUCUUCAUGGAAGGUAUUAUCAAGCUCGAGAUUUGCUUCAAUCCUCCAAUAUUCAAGAAUUAGCAUCCCAUUGCAACAUAGGGACACAAGUUUUUUUAAAUCGUAAUCUUGUGCAAUUAGGGCUUGCUGCCUUCCGUUUGGGCUUAACGAAUGAAGCUCACGCCUAUUUAUCGGAAGUAUGUGCUAUGGGACGGUAUCGAGAAUUGCUAGCUCAAGGUUUGUCGAACAUUCCACGUGGAAUGGAAAAAAAUAUUGAGCAAGAACGGUCCGAAAAACGUCGUAUAUUACCGUAUCACAUGCAUAUCCCAAGUGAUCUUGUUGAAGCGGUACAUAAUAUAUGUGCGAUGUUACUAGAAGUUCCGUAUAUGGCGGAAAAUGUUCAGGAGACUGUGAGAAAGCCUAUAGCAAGAAAUUUUCGACGGUUACUUGAAAUUUAUGAUAGGCAAAUGUUUACAGGUCCGCCUGAAAAUGCAAGAGAAUGUAUAAUGGCUGCUACAAAAGCUUUACAAAAAGGAGAUUGGACAACGUGCGCUGAUCAUAUUAUGUCACUUAAAUUUUGGGAUUCGUUUUUUGAUUCUGAUAAUGUCAAAAAAGUGAUUACAGAACGCAUCAAACAAGAAGCUUUAAAUACUUAUUUACUUAUGUAUUCAUCCAUGUAUGUUUCUAUGAGUACAAAACAGCUAGCUGAGAUGUUCAAUUUGUCAAAAACUACAGUGCACUCCCUUGUUAGCAAGAUGGUGAUUCACGGCUUAUUAUCCGGAAGCUGGGAUGAGGCUUCUGAGUGUAUAUUAAUCAAUCGUAUAGAGCGAACGCCUUUGCAACGCUUCGCACUUCAGCUCACUGAUAAAAUUUCUCAAGUGGUUGAGCAGAAUGAAACAACAUUGUUUUAUCGAAAUCCAAGACAUAUAUUAUCCCAAAAUAUUAUAAGGGAAGAGCGUCAACGUCGUUUUGACGAAAGAUGGGCAACGUCUGAUCGAAAAACUUAUGCAGAUAAUAAUCGACUUAACAAUAGUAUUUUUAAUAAUAAUACACAUGAUUAUACUAUGACGUCGACGCGUUAUAUACCGGGAAAUCCUCUAGUAUCGCGUUAUCAAUCUAUAACAGUAGGAAAUACAAAACGACGAUAAACGGAAUAAUUCAAAAUGUUAAUUUUUCUUUUGUGUUUAUAAAAAAAAAAAAUGAAACAAUUUAUUAUGUUUAACUGUUUGUU